AUGGAGUCGAUGAAGGGGACAACAAGGGGAUUAGACCUCUAUGACAGGGUGUCAGAAUGUUUGGAGAGAUUAAACCUGCCAUGGACUAAAUUGCUAAAUGUUACCACUGAUGGAUGUCCAAAUCUAACCUGGAAGAAUGUUGGACUACUGCGAAGGAUACAGGACAGAGUAAGAGAGGAUGAUCCCAACACAGAUUUGAUAUUCCUGCAUUGCAUUUUUCACCAAGAGUCCCUUUGCAAAACUGUCCUGAAACUUGACCAUGUCGCUGAGCCUGUGGUGAAACUGGUGAACUUCAUCUGGGCCCAUGGGUUCAACCAUCGGCAGUUCGUUCAGCUACUUGACGACACUGACGCAGAGUACACGGAUUUUCUGUAUCACUCGAAUGUUCGCUGGCUAAGUCUGGGAGAGGAAAUCGAGACGUUUCUUGUGAUGGUGGGGAAGGUUGACGAGUUUGCAGAGCUAAAAGAUCAAGACUGGGUGUGCCACUUGGCAUUCAGUGUGGAUGUACUGGGCCAUCUGAAUGAACUCAACCUAAAACUUCAAGGAAAGAAUGUGUUUGUGCACAAACUGUAUUCAUUUGUGCGAGCGUUCAAAGCUAAGCUGGUCUUGUUUUCCCAAAAAUUGACCCACAAGUGUUUCACACAUUUCCCAACGUUGGCCAGUCUGGAGGUACCACCCCACCACAAUAAAACACCACCACACUGA